AUGGUUCCAGAUGGAGAUGGAGAUCUGGACGUCAUACCAUCUUCGUCUUCAACACGUCCAGUUGUCGAAGAGGAGUCCAGGCCUCUGAUUUCCUCUUCACCGUUGAAUAACUCAUCCUCAGGAUUCGACAGAAGUAGCUCCGAGGACAGCCUGAGCGGCAUUGCGUCACGUUGGGUCUUCUCGCUCCUGCCGCAGCCUUACCAACAACGGGCAAUCCUUACAAUGGGGCGGUACAGGAAUUCAAAGGUAGCCUCGCUGCUAGGGAAGCUGGCAACCGACUCCGAACCGGGUCUGACAAAUGCCCAACUGAUGCUCACCAACGAUGACCUGAAGCCUGUCGAGCUCGAGAGGCGGCAAUGGGGCCCUUGGAACUUUGUCGGCUUCUGGGUCGCCGACUCUUUCAACAUCAAUACUUGGAUGAUUGCUAGCUCCAUGAUCACCAGCGGCGGUCUGGCAUGGUGGCAUGCGUGGCUAUGUGUCUGGAUCGGAUACUUCAUAGCCGCUGUCUUCGUGUGCUUGACCGGUCGCAUCGGAGCGACAUAUCACAUUUCGUUUCCCGUCCUCAGCCGGGCGUCCUUUGGCAUCUGGGGAUCUUUAUGGCCGGUGUUCAACCGCGCAGCAAUGGCGUGUGUAUGGUACGGUGUUCAGUCCUGGAUCGGCGGAGAAUGUGUCACGUUGAUGAUCAGAGCCAUAUGGCCGUCGUUCUACACCCUCCAUAACGGCAUACCGGGCUCCGGCACGAAUACUCGAGACUUUGUCGGCUUCUUUCUUUUCUGGCUUGGCUCGCUUCCUGCCAUAUGGUUUCCAGUGCACAAGAUCCGUCAUCUCUUCACCGUAAAGGCGUACUUCGUUCCGGUCGCUGGAAUUGCGCUCUUCGGCUGGGCGAUCGGGAGAGCCCAUGGCAUUGGUCCAAUCGUCCACCAACCCGCAGCAUCGCAUGGCUCGGAACUCGCAUGGGGUUGGAUUGCGGGUAUCAUGAGCUCUAUUGCAAACUUCGCAACGCUCAUCGUCAACGACGCCGACUUCUCCCGUUUCGCGGGCAAGCCCAAAGACGCACUCUGGUCUCAACUCUUCACCAUCCCUCUCGGCUUCGCCGUGACGUCCUUCAUCGGCAUCAUAGUCUCGUCAUCCAGCAAAGUCAUAUACGGCACUACUAUCUGGAACCCACUCGACCUUCUCUCGCAAUUCCUUCUAGAUGACGCCUCGUCCGCCGAGCGGUUUGGCGUAUUUAUCAUCGCCGCGGCCUUCGUCCUGGCUCAGCUCGGUACCAACAUUGCUGCAAACUCUGUGUCGGCAGGCACAGACAUGACUGCCUUACUGCCCCAGUACAUCAACAUCCGACGAGGCGGGUACAUCUGCGCCAUUGUUGGACUGUGCAUGUGUCCUUGGAACCUCUUGAAGUCGAGCAACAACUUCACCACGUACCUGUCGGCGUAUAGCGUCUUCCUGUCCAGCAUCGCUGGCGUGAUUAUCUGUGACUACUAUGCCGUCAGGAAGGGCUACUAUUCGCUCCGUGAAAUGUACUCUGCCCACAGAGACGGACCGUACUUUUACUUCUUCGGCUGGUCAUGGAGAGGCUACGCGGCGUACAUCUGCGGUAUCGCGAUCAACAUUGUCGGAUUCGUGGGUGCCGUCGGCGGCAAGGUUCCCAUGGGUGCCGUGUACAUCUACCGCUUCAACUUCUUCGCGGGCUUCAUAGUCGCCGGCGUCGUCUACUAUCUCCUUUGUACUGCGUGGCCGGUCCCCGCCACGAGUGAGGUUUGGUGCGAAAAGACCGACGAGGCCGAUCGGCAGUUCAGUGUUGUGUAUACGGAUGCAGAAGGGUAUGAUGAAGAGCGGAGCGUUGGAGCGGAUGAGGUUGAGCUGCGACAAAGUGACGAGGAUGAAGAUGACCAGAAGAUUGUGUAUAGAGACGUGACGAGAGGCUAG